CCUCCGCGCGCCCGGUGGCUGGGCAUUGGGCGCCCCUCCUUCUUUCCUCCUUCCUUCCUUCCUUCCUUCCUGGCGGGUGGGCGGGGCCGUCGGGGUUGGCCCCGAGCGGGGAUCCUCCUCCUCCUGCUCCUUUUCCCCUCAGACGUCAGGAGGAGCCCGAGCGGGACGGGAAGGCAGCGCCCAGCCGCGCCACGCAGCCCAGCCUCACUCUCCCGCAGGCUGCCGGACAGGACGGGACGGGGGCUCCUCCGCUUUGCCUGGGUUCGGCCGAGGAGGGGAAGGCGGGAAGGCAGGGAGGGUGGGCGGUGUGCCGGUGAGAGGCCAUGGCGGACGUCUUCCCCCUGGUGGAGCCCGGCUCGGGCUCCGAGGAGGUGGCGCAGCGCUUCGCCCGCAAAGGGGCCCUCCGGCAGAAGAACGUCCACGAGGUGAGGAACCACAAAUUCAUCGCGCGCUUCUUCAGGCAGCCCACCUUCUGCAGCCACUGCACCGACUUCAUCUGGGGAUUUGGAAAACAAGGGUUUCAGUGCCAAGUUUGCUGUUUUGUGGUUCACAAAAGGUGCCAUGAAUUUGUUACCUUCUCAUGUCCUGGAGCAGACAAGGGACCAGACACUGAUGAUCCAAGAAGCAAGCACAAGUUCAAAAUCCACACAUAUGGAAGCCCAACAUUUUGUGACCAUUGUGGGUCACUGCUUUAUGGACUUCUUCACCAAGGGAUGAAAUGUGACACCUGUGACAUGAACGUCCACAAGCAAUGUGUAAUAAACGUCCCAAGUCUUUGUGGAAUGGAUCACACGGAAAAAAGGGGGAGGCUUUAUUUGAAAGCUGAAGUGGAUGGUGACAAGCUAGAGGUCACAGUGAGAGAUGCAAGGAAUCUAAUUCCGAUGGAUCCAAAUGGACUUUCAGACCCAUACGUGAAGCUGAAACUUAUUCCAGAUCCCAAGAAUGAGAGUAAACAAAAAACAAAAACCAUCCGCGCCACGCUUAAUCCUCAUUGGAACGAGACUUUCAAGUUUAAAUUAAAGCCUACAGACAAAGAUAGAAGGUUGUCUGUGGAAGUUUGGGAUUGGGACCGAACAACCAGGAAUGAUUUCAUGGGCUCUCUUUCUUUUGGGGUGUCAGAACUCAUUAAAUCACCGGCAUGUGGAUGGUACAAACUACUUAACCAGGAAGAAGGUGAAUAUUACAAUGUCCCAAUACCAGAAGCUGAUGAGGAUGGAAAUACUGAACUGAGGCAGAAGUUUGAGGGCUGCCAUAUAUAUAUUCACUUCCUAAAGAAAGCUAGACUUGGCCCUUCAGCAAACAAAGUCAUCACUCCAACUGAAGACCGGAGCUUACCAUCCAAUAAGCUUGAUCGGGUUAAGCUGGAAGAUUUCAACUUUCUCAUGGUCCUUGGGAAAGGAAGUUUUGGGAAGGUGAUGUUGGCAGAACGGAAGGGAUCAGAAGAGCUGUAUGCAAUAAAAAUAUUGAAAAAAGACGUGGUGAUUCAGGAUGAUGAUGUAGAGUGUACCAUGGUUGAAAAGAGAGUCCUAGCUCUACAAGACAAGCCUCCUUUCCUAACACAGUUGCAUUCUUGUUUCCAUACUGUGGAUCGCCUGUACUUUGUCAUGGAAUAUGUGAAUGGUGGUGAUCUCAUGUAUCAUAUCCAGCAAGUAGGAAAAUUUAAGGAGCCCCAAGCAGUGUUCUAUGCAGCAGAGAUCUCGGUGGGGCUUUUCUUUCUUCAUAAAAAAGGAAUUGUGUACCGGGAUUUGAAAUUAGAUAAUGUAAUGCUGGAUUAUGAAGGACACAUUAAGAUUGCUGAUUUUGGGAUGUGCAAAGAGAAUAUGAAUGAUGGAGUAACAACGAGGACUUUCUGUGGAACUCCAGAUUACAUUGCACCUGAGAUUAUUGCCUAUCAGCCAUAUGGAAAAUCAGUGGACUGGUGGGCCUAUGGCGUAUUGUUAUAUGAGAUGCUAGCUGGCCAGCCACCAUUUGACGGUGAAGAUGAAGAUGAGCUUUUCCAGUCAAUAAUGGAGCAUAAUGUUUCUUAUCCCAAAGCGAUGUCCAAAGAAGCUGUGUCCAUUUGCAAGGGGUUAAUGACUAAACACCCUGUGAAACGUCUUGGCUGUGGUCCCGAGGGGGAGAGAGACAUUCGGGAGCAUGCCUUCUUUAGAAGAAUUGACUGGGAUAGACUUGAAAACAGGGACAUCCAGCCUCCAUUCAAGCCCAAAGUUUGUGGCAAAGGUGCUGAAAACUUUGACAAGUUCUUCACCAGAGGACAACCAGUGUUAACACCACCCGAUCAGCUUGUCAUUUCCAACAUAGACCAAACCGAUUUUGAAGGCUUCUCCUAUGUCAAUAUCCAGUUUGUACAUCCCAUGUUGCAGAACGUAGUAUGAAAAACAGACAGAGAGAGUCCUCACAAGUGAAAUAUUGUCUGUACCCUGGAGUUUUUAGACCUUUGCCUUCUUGAUUCCAUUUGGGUCUGAAAAUUUUAGGGGGAAGAAAUAAGAAAGCUACAGAGGUUUACAACAAAGAAUGUGUGAUCUUAGAUCACAACAUAAUACCCAAUGUAUUCUCCUAGGAAUCACUGUUGCUUUUAGAUUACUCUUACGAAGCUAGCCUUUGUCAUUUUUAUAACUUCUAUGUCUUACUUUGUACCCUGUAACUCUGAAGUUUUCUUCUUAUAGGAUUUAUAACAAAUUUAAGAGUAUAAUGUAGGCUUAAGAAAAGUACUUAGUCAUUUUAAAAAAUCAGUCUGACAUAUUGCACAUGCAGCCAAAUACGACCAGUCUUUCUCAUUGGUCUGCUUGGUGUUAAAUGAUGGAAUGAAUGACUAGAGAAUAAUAGGCCUGAAUAUGUAAAAUAAAAUUGAAAUAGAGAGAAGUUAGGGAUAAAGUAAAAAGUCUCACAAUUGAAGAUAAGAAGGUACUUACUUAUUAAAGCAAAUAAAUCAUGAAUCAGGUCCAUAAGAGCUUUUUAAAACAGUUUUUUCAAACUAGAGGCUAUGGACUGAGAAAACUAAAUAUGUACGAUAAAAGCGAACUAGAAUCUGUGAUGAACUUGUUUAAAGGUAAAACUGCAUAAUACUGAUGUGUAUAUUAAUUUAAUCUCCAUGAGAUUAUACUGUGAUCCAGGGUGCCAUUUUACUACUUAAUUUCACCACUACUCAAGUUUAUGUUAAGACCGUGCUAAAACCUUUUCCAAAAGAUUUCUUACCUUGAGUCUGAAACAAAUCUGCAAUUUAUACUUAUUUAUUUAGUGAACUGCAUGGUCGGUGUUGAGUAUGGAAAGUAUUUGUACAGUAAAUUAACCGAUGCAUAAGGUUCAUAAUCUCUCCCUCCUUCAGCAAAUUCAGCAUUUUAACCUUGGCUUGAGAGACUUGGAACCACAAAAGUAAAGAACAAAGUGAGAAUCCAGAUACAGCCGGAAAUAUUUUCUUCAGCUGUGGAUCUUCUCACUGAAGUUGAAUACAGUCUUUGAAUCAUGCAUCAUGCAAUGAACUUUGCAUGUUACUAAUUAUAAGCAUUAAAUUAAUCUGUAUUAUGGAUAAAUGUAUCAAGUAUGAAGAUAAUGAUAUCCAUUUUUAUAAGACACAUCUGUGCUAUAUCUGUGAAGGUUCUUGUUUGGGAUGACCAUUCAUUAGAUUUAGCUUUAAAGUUUUGUUAUUGCUAUUUUUUGUUUCUGAUUUUUUAAGGUUCUGCUUAAUGUUAAUAGUUUAGGCAAAUUAUGUUUUUUUUCUUAGGUAGGUCUACUGCUAAAUUAUGAUGGCUACUUGUGUGUUUUCUACAAAUAUGCAUGCAUGCUUCACAUGCAUGUAUCAUUUUAAAAAUUGUUUAACAGCUCCCAGGCUGCUAAAUAGAAACUGUUGGUGCAUGCAAAGGUAUCAUUUACCCCUUGAUUACCCUUUAUGGUUAUCCAGCCUGAAAUCAAUAUAUUUUGGCUAUUCAAUAAGCAGCUCUAGGUUUUUGUGUUAUGGGGAAGAAGACUUGGGCCGGAAGCUUUGGGAAGAGCCGAUUGCCCACUCAGAACCAGUGCAUGUCUGUUUUUUAUUUUUUAUUUUGUAGAUGUGGCUGGAAUUGAUGGGUAUUACAUAGUGACAAUGUUCAGAAAAGGAAAAGAGUAGUAGAUCAGUCUUAUUAGCAAACACAGCUUUCCCUUGUAGAAUGUGUGUCCUCUUUUAAAAUAGUUCAUACUUUUCCCACUCCCUCCUUUAUUGGAAGAUGCUGAUUUUUAAGACCAGUAAAUGUUUGAUUUUUAUUUGAGGCAUGUAACGUGGUAUGCUUUCCCUCUGUAAUGUUUCCCUUCUUAAUAUUUGUAAACUUGAAUACUGAAUGUGUGUAUGUCCGUGCCAGGAUCUUGUCACGUCUCUUGCUGUAGCAAAGGCCUCCUGCCUGCCGUUUUUGCUAUGCAAAAAUGUGCACCAAAAAUGAAGUAUUUCUCAAAAACACCUGGAAGAAGAAUGGUAAAGGUUCCUGGUUAUAAUUUGGAAAUUAUUUUGCUGUGCCAAAGAAAAAAUAAUUAAGCAAUUCUCUCUUGGAAAUUCUUUCCCCUUGCUCCUGUUGUGAAGACUUGUAAAGAUUUCUUUACACAUGUUGAUUUGGAUCCAUUCGGAGCUACUGGAGCAAGGAGAAACAGACUCAUGCACAGUUAUGUUCUGUGUGGAGGUAAAUACAUCUACUUGUUUUGCUUGUGUUGGAUGAACACUGCUGACACUGCUUACAGUUGUCUAAAUGUGUGAAAUAAUAAAUAACCAGAGUCUAGAUUUAUAUCUAGGUGCAUGCAAUUGGAUAGUCAGAAGCAGACUUCUUUGCUUCCUCCUGCCCUACAGAUGUUGCACAUAAGGUCAUAGGAUUCUGAAUGGUCUUUAAACACCUGUUGAAGUGGUAUUGGGUUCUUUAAAAAUUAGACAGGUGGAUUAUCAAUAAGUAGAAUCUUUCAGUUAGCAAUAGGCAGAACAUGGAGAUCUACUUUUUAGAAUCGUAGAGCUGAAAGGGAUCGUAAGGGCAAUCUAGUUCAAUCCCAUGCCACAUAGGAAUACACUACUAAAGCACACUCGUGAAAUCGCCACCACAAUUUCUGUUUAAAGACAUAAAAGAAAGGAGAGUCCAUCAUUCUUCAAGACAUUCUGUUUCACUAUUGAAGAGUUCUGACUUUAGGAUCUUCUUUCUUGUAUUUAGACAGAAUCUUUUUCCUAGAAAUUUGAAUCUAUGAAUUUGGGUUAACUGUUUCUGAAGCAGAAAAGAACAAGCUUCCCCUUCUUCCAGAUAUCCCUUCAGAUAUUUAGAGAUGGCUAUUAUGUCAUCUAUCAGUCUUUUCCCCCCAGGCUAAACAUACCCAGCUGCCGAUGUCAUUUUUUGUGCAGUUGCCCUCCUCUGAAUAUGUUCCAGUUUGUUUUUAUUUUUCUUGAGCUUUAGUGUCCAGGAGUGGUCUAGGUGAGGUCUAUCCAAAGCAGAACAGUAUAAUACUAUAACUUAUCUCCAUUUAGACACUAUACCCCUGUUGCUGAAGCUUAGAAUUUCAUUGACUUUUCUACUGUUAUUGUUGUUUCCAUAUCAUACUGUUUACUCUUAUGGUCUGCUAAGAUCCCUAGAUGUUUUCCACAUGUACUGUUGUCAAGCCAUGUAUUGCCCAUUUUACAUUUAAGCAUUUCAUUUUUCCUGCCUUAAUGUAGUACCUUGCAUUUAUCCUUGUUGAAGUUCAUUUUGUUAAUCCUGGCCCAGUUCUCCAAUCUGAUCCAGUCAUUUCAAAAUCUGAUUCUGGGGCUUAAGCUAAUCUUUCCAAUGGGCAUCACUUUCAAACUUAAUAAACAUGCCCUCUAUUCCAGUGGAUCCCAACUGUAGUUGGGAUGUUUUGGACUUCAGAUCCCACAAUUCCUAACAGCUGGUAAGCUGACUGGGAUUUCUGGGAGUUGAAGUCCAAAACAAGUCCAAAGGGAACUAUUGCUCUAUUUCAGCAUCAAAGUUAUUUAUAAAGAUGUUGAACAUCAUUGGGCACAAGAUAAAACCAUGAGGCACUUUAAUCGUUUUUUUCUCUCCGGGAUGAAUAGGAACCAUUAAUGACCACUCUUUUAGGUUAGUCCAUCAACCAGUUAAAAAUCCACCCACCUGAUAAAGCCAAAUUUUAUCAGCUUCUUUCCAAGAUCCUAUGAUAGGUAAAGGUUCUCCCCUGACGUUAAGUCCAGUCAUGUCUGACUCUGGGGGUUGGUGCUCAUCUCCAUUUCUAAGCUGAAGAGCUGGCAUUGUCCAUAGACACCUCCAAGGUCAUGUGGCUGGCAUUACUGCAUGGAGCGCCAUUACCUUCCCACUGGAGCAGUACCUAUUGAUCUACGUACUCACAUUUGCAUGUUUUCAAACUGCUAGGUUGGCAGAGGCUGGGGCUAACAGCGGGCGCUCGCUCCGCUUCCAGGAUUCGAACCUGCAACCUUUCGGUCCGCAAGUUCAGCAGCUCAGCACUUUAACACACUGUGCCAUUGGGGGCUCCAUGAUCUCAUGAUAGCUUUGCUGAAAUCAAGAUACAUUAGAUCUGCAACAUUUCCCACAACAUUCCAAAUUUGUAUCUAUAUCAAAAAUGGGAAAUAAGAUUAGUCUGACAUGAUGUGUUUUGAGAGGCUUUUAGUAAACUCGGCAUUUUUCUCCAAGUGUUCAUGUGUAGACUAUUUCAUGAUCUUUAUAUAACGUUUCCUGGUACUAAUAUCAACCUAAUUGCUUGGUAGUUAGCUACCUGAGUAUUCUCCUCUUUUUGUAAUUGGAGACAACAUUCAUCCUUCUCCCUGCUCCUGUUGUCCAAGAAUUCUCAAAGUGUUUUUGACAGAAGCUCUGGGAUUACAUCUCCAAGUUCCUUUACAUGGUGUUCAUCCAGCCCUUAAAAUUGUUUUAGUAGCUAGGUGUUCCUCUGCCAUUUCUUUAUCUAUUCUGCCCUUGCUGGAUAAUUUAUUCUACCUGCACCAUUGACACUGUUUUCAUUUUGCUAGGCAAAGUAGGCAUUGAACACUGGCGCUUUUUCUCUUUGGCUUAUCAUUACAUCAUUUGGAAAAGAGCAAACCACAGACCACUUACUACAAUGCAGCCUGAGUCCUGCCACAUGCACAAUGGAGGACCUUCUUACAGCGACACCAGAGGCACUCCAAGUGGCCAGCUUCUGGUCAAAGGACAUUUAGUAUUUUUAACUUUGUGGUUUUUCUAUGCAUUAUAACUAUUCUCAAUUUGCUUCUGACACAAUAAAUAAAUAACUCACCACAUCACCAUCUUUGCCAUGUAGUGGCCCUGUUCUCUAAACAUAGCCAACUCCAAACACUUCUAUUGCUUUUAUUCUCGCUAGUGAGCCUGAGCUCAUUCUGAUUAUCUCCCUGCAGCUAUUGGCUGUAUUCCUUCUUUGGGAUUUCCAGUUUGUUCCAUUUGCCUAAAAGUUCUUACACACCCACAUUGGUUUCUUUAUUACCGAAUAAUGAUCUGCUGAAGACAUCCAUAACUGAGCAGUGGAGAUAAGAUAGUGUUUUGGGCACAGCUCUGGCAGAAGAAUGAUCCUGAAUCCAAUUCCAGGUGUCUUUAUUUUUGCACAUGCUUUUCCCCUUGGCUGUGUAGAUAAGGCAGUUGUGAAUGGUCCUAUGCUUGAGUAUUAGGCAUGCUGCAAGGGGUCUCUGCAUGAGGCCAGGCUCCCAUUUUAGAAACACAUGGCAGUCAUUCAAUCCUAUACUUAUCUAAAGCUGGACAGAAGCCUACCUUUAAAAAGGAUUAGGCAAUAGGCAUAAGCUUCUUGACAGAACGGAAGUUAUGUUGGGUUUGAGUGGCCACUUGUGUCCUCCUGUAGUAAAGUAAAGGUUCUGUUCCAGUUAUAUACUCUUUUACCAACCUUGUAAAAAUCCUGUCCUUUUAGCCACACUUCUGUUCAUAAGUUCUUGUUUUUCUCAUCCAGCAACUAGAUGAAGAUAUACUUUACCACAGUUUCCAUUUCCAGGUUUCCAAAGGCUUACAGAAUAAAAUAGACUUCCAAAAUAGUUCAGUCAAUUCACCCUCUAGUUUACUUUGAGUUUAUCAGGGCAGGGAGGGGGGAGCAAACAAGCAAAUAGCAAUAUCCUUGUUAAAAUGCUUUAAUGAAGGGACAUGAGGUGGUGUUUUAUGCCCUGAAGCAAGCAUAGUAUUUGAAAUCUGUAGCAGAGAACUAGCACUGUGAAUAAAGACAUAUUUUAAGAGGGGGAAUUCAGAUUUAGGUAAUCUAAGGUAAGGAAUAGUGUAAAAAUGAAAACUAUGGUCAACAUAGAUAGACCGUUGUUAUAUGUAAACAUAUUUUUUAAAAUUAUAUUUUACAAUACACAUAUUUGGGUAAGUUUAGAAUUUGUCAUUAGCUCUUUUUCAUGUUUGUGUCUUUUCUUUCUAAAAUCUGUCACCAUUUUAGAGAAAGUAUAUAUAUUGCCAUUAUUAAACAGAUAUUUUUGAACGUUCAGGUUUAACGCUUGGUAGCUUAUCUAUAAUUAGCGCAGCCUAGUAAAAUUAAACAUGUUGGGGAGGGGGUUGUCUGUGUGUGUUUUAAAAUUGUCCCAUUUAUUCAGUGAAUUUUCUGCCUUUGGAUGAAAACAUAAUUGCUACCAGGGAUGGUAUUCUUGGGGGAAUAAUUAGGCUCCAAAACCUAUCAUCUUUCUGAGAAGUCCAUUUAUUUCAGAGCAUGUUUUCUUCAAUAACGAUCUCCAUUUCUCCAGCACUGACAUAGUCCCACAUAGUCAGACCAAUGGGAUUAACAUAUACAUGAGUCACAAUAAUAUUUAUUUUUAUGGUUCCACCAGUGGCUAUUACACCUUUAUGGAGUAACAAGGUGAUAUAUCUCUAUCCUAAAUAACUGACAAUCUAAAAUCAGGAAUGUUAUCAUUCCAGCUCCAUAAGGUGGAGGUGGAUAGCUGUGUCCUUCAAUAAGUUUUGGGCAUGAACCCUGAUCAACACAGACAAAUGGUUAAGGAAGAAUGUGAGAGCUGCCAUCCAAAAACAAUUGCCCAACAUUGCCAUAGACAUGAGACUAUAGCUGUGUGGAACAUUUUCCCCCCAACAUGUAUAAAGUCCUAUAUUUAAUUUGUGGCAUGUCUCAAGUAAAGAGGAGCAGAUGCCAAGUGAUGUGGAAGAGUCUCUGCAUAGGUUGCUGGGGAGCUGGUGCUCGCCAGAGCCAACCAGGGUGGGGCAAAUGCAGGAUUAGAUCUUACUGUAGUGUGUGUGGCAGCUAUUGGAGAUGAGAUUGUAGUCCAGUAAUAUGUGGAAAUUGAGACUGCCCACCUCUGAAGCUCUGGGCUUGACAGACAAAUAGUCUGACCUAGUUUGUCCCCCUCAACCAAGUGCUAGAUAGUGGAGAGAAGGGUGUUGAACAAAGGUAGGAAGAAAGAUACGAGUGCUUCUAAAUCACCUGAGGAAAACAAAGAUAAUGAUAAACUUACAUUUCUAUCACUGUGUGGAAUGAUAUCCAGUUAAUCCUGCACAUUAAUGGAUUCCGCAUCCAUGGUUUGAAUCAUCCAUGGCUUGUCUGUGUUGAUCAUGGCUCAUGGGUAUUGUAUGCCCAAACUAUUUUGAGGGACACAGCUACCCACCUCCACUUUAUGGAGCUGGAAUGCUUACAUUCCUGAUUUUAGAUUGUUAGUUACUUACCCUGUUUCCCCUAAAAUAAGACAUCCCCAGAAAAUAAGACCUAGUAGAGGUUUUUCUGAAUUGCUAAAUAUAAGGCCUCCCCCGAAAGUAAGACCUAGCAAAGCAUGUCCGCCAAACAGAACACCAGAGCAUGUAGGAUCGGUAAAUGUACGUACCAUUGAGUGUUGUACAUGGAAAUAAUGGUAGUAACAAGAAAUUCUUGAUAGGAUUCACAGUUUGUCUGGUUAUGCUGGUUUGUGAUGACAACUAUUGUACAGUAUAUAAUAAAUGUUCAUUUUUUGUUCAAUAAUAAAUGUGAAUUCUUCUUCAUGGAAAAACAAGACAUCCCUUGAAAAUAAGACCUAGUACAUCUUUGGGAGAAAAAUUAAUAUAAGACACUGUCUUAUUUUCAGGGAAACACGGUAGGAUAGAGAUAUAUCAUCUUGUUACUCCAUAAAAUAUUCCCCAAAAAGAAAAUUCCAAAAGCAAACCUUGAUUUUGUCAAUUUUAGAAGGGACACCCUUUUGCUAUGCCAUUGUAUAUAAUGCGAGCAUCUGCGGAUUUUUGUAGACAUGAGGAAAUCCUGUAACCAAACCCCAGCAGAUACUAAGGGCCCACAAUAAUAUUAAGGAGAAUCCGUAUGAUGACUAGAUCUCAUUCCUGGGCCCUGUUAGGAGUAUUUCAGUUCUCUGGCUAUGUUUUAAGAUGUGUUAGGCACAAAGUGGACUACUGCACUAUAAAAUUAAGCCCUUUGCUUUUAGUUUCUUUCUUAGCCAGCACAUAGAGUAGGUUGCUUGGAGCUUGUAACCAGUAGCCACCCUCUCCCAUAACUCCCACUGCCAACUUUGUUAUCCUUCCCCAUUCUCUUUUCUAUCUUCUCCCCCUCUUUCUUAAAGCCUCCUGGAAGUUGGAGGUUUUGCCCACAGAAAUUCAGUGUAGGAAUGUCAAUAUGGGAGUGCAUAGGGUUGGAUAUAUAGAGUUUGUAUUGGAUUGUAUCCCCACCAGAGAUGCCGCGGGAGAGGGAAUACAUUUUGAUUUAUCGUUGACAUUGUCUAUGUUAUCAUGAUUAUGUUGUUGUCACUGGUUCUUUCAGUCUCUUUGCAUUUGUAAAAUGUAUGUGUCCUAUAUCAGAAAUUCACUUGUAACUAUGUUUGGUUCAACCAAAAAACAUCCUGCAAUAUAAUAGAAUGAAAUCUAGUAACUAUGCCUCUCUUUCCUUCAAACCCAUAACUACAAAAUUUAUUUCAAAUGUUUAUAGUAAUUUGACAGUGAUUUAGUACUGGUAAUUAUAGCUUCAUACUAUCAACAGAUAUCCGUGCCAGUGAAGCUUGACUUUCAUACAGCCUUAUAAUCAGUAAGGAAGCAUGCACUUAAAACCCUUCUGUUCCUAGGAAGACAUUGAAUGGAAAGGGUUGGAUAUAAAUGUUCUCAUAGUUUUAUCAUCAAUCUGGGAUCUAGGAACAGCGAACUAUAAUUCUCAGUUCUGUGGGGCCCCAACUCUAUGGCCUUGGGCAAGGUAUUCAACCUCUCUGCCUCCAUUUCCCUGUCUAUAAAAUGGGGAUAAUAAUACUCUUAUUCCUCACAGGCUCUUGUGAGCUGUUCUGUUCCUGUUCCUAGUGCACUUCUAAUGUGAAAAACAAUCUAUUAAAAGUAUUAAACUUGUUAAUGUGGAAUCAAUUUAUUGAAUUAACAUGGUAUGCUGUGCUUUUGUACUUUGAAAAAAUACAGCUAUAAUAAUACUGCUGGGAACUGUGCACUUAUCCUGAGACAUAUCUGACAUAAAAACUGAAUAUUGUUUCCUUUUUGCAGAGCAAACACACAGUGCUGCAAAAUGCUGUUUGCAAAAUUAUAUGGUGGCUUCCUUAUUACUGAGUUACCCUGCAUAAAUAAAAAAAGUUAUAGCAUCAUUAGUUAUUGUAGGACAAAGCUUUCCAGGAAAUUUUACACCACAAUCUUUUGUGCAAUAGUAAAUAAGUCAUGACUGGACUUAACGUCCGGGGAAACCUUUACCUUUUAAAUAAGGUAAAGGAGGGAAAUUGUCCUUGAAGACAAUGCACCAUGCCAGGAAAAAAAAUCUUUCAGCUAGUAAUUAUGUUUGGUUUAGAAAUUUGGUGAGAUUCUUCUAUAAGUGGUUAUUGGGACUGUAUUGGAGAGAGUUAUUAGGAUUUUAUUAAACAUAAAAUGAUAUUAUUAACCAAUGGUGUUAGAGAAUACAUCAAGUCAAACCCAAUUCUUUAGUGUUGAACCUGAUCGCCAAAGUUCACAGAUUCCUGUGCUAACUUCAUUGAACUCUUAGGUAUAGGAAAUGCACACAAGGGUAUUGGGCAAGAUUAUGCAAAUCAUUGCAUUACCCAUUUUAAAUAAAAGCACACCGAUAUUCACUCCCUUCCCAUGCCCUUGAAUGUUCUCUAAAACCUCCAGUGCAAAGGCUUCCUUGUCAUUGAAAACUUCCCAUUCGCUUCUUGGCAUUUCCAUACUUUUCCUUUCCACUGGCGGAAGUAGAGAAACAAUUGCACAGCAAAUAUGUACUUCACCUGAGUGUGUUUGGGUGUAAAGUGAGUUUCAAAAUAGUCAAACAUAAACCCAUUUUAGCUUUUUGGCAUGUGCCAACUAAUUUUGGCCUGGGAUUUCAAUUGUAGUUUGCUUAUAUUUAUACUAUAAACCUCAGAAAUAGCUUCAGAACAAAGUUAAUCUCUUUCUAUUAUGAAAAGGAAUGCAAGACAGUGUAACAAAACAAAUUGUAAUUUUGUUAAUGUAAUGCCUGAAAUAUACAGGUCAUAGAUCAUUUUUCAGGUUGCAGACAGAAAGGAGGCUCAUCAUGUCAAAAUAUUUGCUGCGUUACUCCGUUGCUUUUCUUUUCUUUUGACAAAGGCGGAAACAAUAACAUUUUUACAUUUUAUAUACAAUACUACUUUAUGGCUCAACAUUUCUAUUGAAAAGAGAAAGAAAUGUUUUAUAAAUUAUUUACUAACUCUGAGAUAUUGGGUGGAUAAUGGAGAAGCCAUUCAUCUGCAGGUUGAAACUAUAACAAGAAAAAUAAAUAAUAUCAGGCAAGAUUAAUGUACACGUUGUGCACUUUUUCCUUAAUCUUUAACGAUUACUCUUUGUUUGCAUGACAUGUUUUUUGUUAAAUAUUAAUAGUAGUUUGAAAGCAAGUGAGUAUGAAUAAAGAUACUGAUAAUGA